AUGCGCACACAGAGCUUGGCACAAGCAUGCAGCCUGUCAGUUCUUUCAGGAAAGCUCGGCGAAGAUCCCGGGAGCUCUUCUUCUAGUGGCGGCGGCGUCAUCGAGAAGAUCGGCAACGCAGUAAAGUCACUCUUCGGUGGCGGCGAGCCGAAGGAGCCGGGACCCAUCGUUGGGAGCAGUGCGCUUCCAGGAAUGGGUGGCCUACUCGGUGCUUUGAUCAAGCCGGCGUUUGGAAUGCUGGGAAACCUCCUCAAGGGCAGCCAAGAGGACAUGCAGAAGGUCAUGUCUGAAGCACAGACGCUGCUCACCCGGAGCGGCCGCUUGGGAUCGCGCGUGGAGUGCGGACCAGUGUACAGCCAGUCCUAUUCCUCCAUGAACAUCAACGGCCAGCAGAGCACCCAAGUGGCACUGCAGUUUCAGGCGCAGGGUGAUGCAGGAGCCGGCACGGUCUCUUGCUCAGCGACCAUUGUCGACGGAGGUGUGAACUUCCAGGAUCUGCGUCUCGAUGGCGCUGCCCUGGAUACAAGCCCUGGAAGGGAUGACAACGUCAUCGAUGUCUGA